GCACAGCCUGUGGCACUUCACUGGCUUUCUCUCUGUUAACAGCGGAAAGCUUCAGACUACUGACAGGCUGGCGUUUAACCUCUCCGAACGACAACACGCACGGAGACGUAAGGACGUCAAACUUUAUUAGUUUAGAGUUAAAGUAAUGAAAGAUAAACACGUCCUCCCUCCAUGCUUACUUUCAACAAAAAAGAAGUUAUGGAUAUAUGCAACGGGAAGAAGAGGAGAAAGGUAAGCGGCGGUGUGCGGGGCUGCAGGCGGAGUGCGGCCGGAAAGAUGAAGCGGGAGGCUUGCAAAGUCCUCCGCUCCCUCACGGUGGAGGACAACAAUCACACGGAGCCCAUGGAGGAAGAAGAGGACGACGACUGCUUCUCCAUCAGCUUCCUCCGGAAUGACCGACUGGAGCCCGACGUGGUGGUGUCUCCCCGGUACAGUCUGCUUAGGGAGGUCGGCCGGGGAAGCUACGGUGUGGUGUAUGAGGCUAUAGCCCGGAAAACAGGGGCCAGGGUGGCGGUGAAGAGGCUCCAGUGCGACGCCCCGGAAAACGUCGAACUGGCUCUGGCCGAGUUCUGGGCCCUGACGAGCCUGGAGAACCGACACCAGAAUGUGGUCCAGCUGGAGGAGUGUGUCCUUCAGAGGAACGGCCUGGCCCAGAAGAUGAGCCACGGGAACAAGAGGUCCAAACAGUACCUGCGCCUGGUGGAGACGUCACUCAAAGGGGAGCGCAUCCUGGGCUGCCCAGAGGAGCCGUGCUACCUCUGGUUCGUCAUGGAGUUUUGCGAGGGUGGGGACCUCAACCAGUACGUCCUGUCUCGCCGGCCCGACCCCCAGACCAACAGGAGCUUUAUGCGGCAGUUGACGAGUGCAGUAGCUUUCCUGCACAAAAACAACAUUGUUCACCGUGAUCUGAAACCAGACAACAUUCUCAUCUCCCAGAAAUCUGGUUCGCCUGUUCUCAAAGUAGCAGACUUUGGCCUCAGUAAAGUCUGUGCUGGCCUAAACUGCAGGAACAGUGAAGAGCACCCGGCAGCAGGAGCGGGUGGCAAAGGCAGCAACCAGAACAACAUCGUCAACAUAAACAAGUUCUGGUUGUCGUCAGCUUGUGGCUCCGACUUCUACAUGGCCCCCGAGGUGUGGGAGGGCCACUACACAGCCAAGGCUGACAUCUUCGCCCUGGGCAUCAUCAUCUGGGCAAUGAUCGAGCGGAUCACUUUCAUCGAUGCAGAGUCCAAGCGUGAAUUGCUGGGCACCUACAUACGGCAGGGCACAGAGAUUGUACCUGUCGGGGAGGCUCUGCUGGAGAACCCCAAGAUGGUUCUCCACAUCCCUCAGAAGGCCAGGAGCUGCAUGUCUGAGGGGGUGAAGAAACUCCUCCAGGACAUGCUCGCCGUCAACCCUCAGGACCGACCAGACGCCUUCCAGCUGGAGGUGCGGAUGGACAAAGUGACGUGUACUGCCUGACCGCCCCCUCCUCUACUUUUUUUUUUUUACCCUGACCAGUCAAAGAAGGGACCUCUUUCUUUCUGAGCUUUGUUUACUACAUGGAUGUGGACUCUAGUGGAAAAACUGAACUGUGAAGAAUCCACAAUCAUAAUCUUGAGUGGGAAGCGACGAACAGGCUGCUGAUUCCAGACCUCUGGGACAGGAUCAGGGUGCAGAUCAGACCUCAGCAGUGUACUUCCAGCACCACUCACUUACAAUCAGUAGCCUCUUUUAAACGGAUUGACUGUGUUUGCUGUUAAGAGGACUCUGCGUUAUGGCGGCUUUGCUUGUUUACACUGAACCAAACAAAGCCGGCGUGAUGCUGCUGCCUCAGUGUGUGAUUUUCAGAGUGUGUGUCCGUGUAACACAACAGUGUCGGUGUCUGUCCCACCAGUGCUGGUUCUCCCUUUUACACAGACUUCGAUCCGGCUCUGUGACUACCUCUGCCGGCGGCUUUGUGCCGGAACAACAACAAUGCCCCCCACCACCCCCACCCCACCCAUUCCGUGUUUGUACCCUUCAUACAGAACGAGACAGAAUAACAUUCCUGCAUUGAAGAGGCUGUCUCCAUGGAGCUGAGGAUGUUUAACUGAUGGAUGAUGCCAGUGUCUCUGAGAUCACACUGUAUGUGACAACCAGGUUCAUGACAUGUUGUUAGAUUUGUUGAUUUUCUUUUUUUUUUUUUUUUCCCAGCAGCCCCGCUGCCUGCUCUUCUUCAUGUGUAAUGUGUAUAGGGCUGUGGCACAGGUCACUGUACUGUGCUGUAUCAGUGUUUUAAAGUCAGAGCGUGGGAUAGCCAGUGAUGAUAGUACGUGAACGACCAUGAACAGACACCGCUUCGCUGCCCCGUUCAGCCUCGUGCCUUAAAUACGAUUCACACCAAGUGCGAUUGGAUUUUUUUCAGUAACAUGAUUCUGUGGGUUUCAGUUGAAGCUCACACACACCAAGACAAACCUCACGCGUCUGGAACUACUUUUGUGUCUCAUGCGGGUUUACGUCUGCAGAAAUUGCUUUCAGUGAUGUCACACGUUUUUAAACAACGUCCCAGGCUGCAAUAAUGUCAAUGUUAGAAUGUGAUCAUUCGGUUUCCUUCCUCUACCCAAAAGCUCGAGAACAAUCACGAUGCAGGAGCUGACAGAUAUCAUCCUCGCAGGUUUACAAGGACGUUUCAUACAUCUGUGCCACACGCUUCACAGCAGAUGGGAAUAUUAAUGCUGUUGUAGAAAUAACAGGCCUGUAUCAGCUCCAUUCAGCACUGUGCUGUUAUUACCAAACUGUGUCCAGCAGGGAAUGGGACAUUAGUUUCUGUCCAAUCCAAAGAGCAUCUGUUGGACAAAUUCUUUGUGUAUGUGUCUAUCAUCACUGCAAAGCUUAGCAUGAACACAUUUUCUGAAUUAACCUAUGACAAAGAAACAAUCAUCAUCUUUUGGUAGACUAGCGUGUGUUUGGUAACCUUGAACUGAAUGUUUUUUUUUUUUUUUUUUUUACACAAAAACCAAAAAAUACCACUCCCCACCACUAGACAUGAUAGAAGUAGAUUGCGAGCAUUGUUCUCUACGCGACCUUUUGAGUUUGAAAGGUUUCUGAUUGUUGUGAAGUGGAUCAUGGAUCAUUGUAUGGGAGCAGUCUGACACCUGAGCAGUAUUGAGCCAUCUGUGGCUGAAUCUUUCUGGAGUAUGCGAUUUUUGAGGACUCUCACAGGAAAUUUGAAGAUUUGCCAUCUGGAAAUAAUCCCCCAAAGCAGCCAGUGGGAUGCGCAUCCGUACUGUCCCUUCCCCUCCUUCUCCUGUUUUUUUUGAAGUGCUUCAGACUCUUUUUAAAUCAGUGGCAUGUAGCUGUGUAGAACACAGUCAGACAGUGGUUGCUUGUAGCCUGUUACCUGUUGUUGUGAGAACAUCAGAGCUACUUUGGCUUUAAUUCAUGCAAACACAUCACUUUUGGUUAGAACAAGAAUAUUGAGCCGCAGGUCUCAUGACUGGGUGAGAUGGUACUUGAAGCAACUAGGAUUAGGUUCACAGAAAAAAAAAAAAAAAAAAAGCCUGGAGAAGGGGGAUAUAAAAAGGUUUGUAUGGUUCAGACCUAGAAAGCCUGUAUCUUUGACUCAGACCAGCACAGACCAGAGGAAUGACCAAAGCCUUCUUUUGGUUUCAUAGCACUGUGUAGCAUUUGGGUUGAGUCCAGUGACUCAGCAGCAGCACAGACCAGUAGUAGUAGUAGUAGUAGACUUUGAGGCAUUUUGUAGCGUGGUCCUACCUCAUUUUCAGCACCUACCUAUCUACCUUGAUGGUCUCAUUCAUAAACCUUGUCUUACUUUCUGAGACAAGGGGCACUUUGCUUGUGUGGGAUAGAUUUUUUUUUUUUUUUUUUUUUUACCUCAGACUGAAUCUCUUCAAUCCUGAACCAACCUCUGACUGACCUCUCUGUGUGGUGUUGUGCUUAGCUAACAGUAACAUCUAGCUUUUGCCUUUAUAAUGACACCUGCAGCACGUCUCUCUCACUGUCUCUCUCUCUCUCUCCCUCUCUCUCUCUCUCUCUCUGGAUGUAUUACAGAGCUAUGCAGAGUCCUGCCUCAUGACCAGAGUAUAGUUAUCAUGUUCAACAACUGCAGCUCCCAUACGUAGGACUCCAGGAACUUUCAGAGCUCGCAGGAGCAAUAAGGAUGAAAGUGUGACCAAAGUGUUCAUAUUUGUGUUCAGUGUAAUUGGCCUUGAUGCUCAUGGGGAGCUGUGGUAAUGCUGAUAUAGCUGUUGCUGUUGAUAAAACAUGAAGGUGUUCAAUUUAGGGAUGAGACUUAGAUUUUUUUUUUUUUGUCUCUCUGCUAAAGGACCUAGUGUCGUUCCUGAAAGUGUGUCAUUUAGCCUUUGGGAUGUUGAAUCUCUGACCUGCUCAGCUCAGUUCAGCUCAGCAUGGUUACAUACUGUAUAUUGCAUUGCUGUGGUGAGAGUGCAUAAGCUAACACAGGAUCUUUACAACAAAAUCAUCACUACUAACCCUUGUUUUCUACCUUCCCUGCUGUCACUGUAUUUUUGUAUGAGCCGUUCUUUUAGCUCUCUUCAGACUAGUAAUGAUUCCACUUGAAAACACUUUACACUAUGCAAAAUGUUUCACUGCCUCACUGUAAACAAAGUACAGAGCCACACCCUGCUCAAACAAUUGUGUGUAAUAUCUUGAACUUUUUGUUAGUGCAUAUUUACAGUGUUUUGUUUCAAAUGUUUUGUAUAAUAAGAGCAAGUUUUUGUUAAUGAAGCUGACAGGAGCCAUUAGAUGUUUGAGGAAGCAUCAAAACAAUAUUUGUUUUCUUUUUGCUGUAAAUAUGUUUGACAACUUUUCUUGGAAUAAAGUUUCUGGAUAAUGAAAUAUUC